AUGUUGGUGCCGGUAUACAUUGUAUAUUUUGGUGAACAUGAUGGGAAGAAAACAUUGCAUGAGAUCGAAAAUACCCACCAUUCUUAUUUGAAUUCUGUGAAAGAAUCCCAUGAAGAUGCUAAAUCUUCACUUCUUUAUAGUUACAAAAACAGCAUUAAUGGCUUUGCUGCUAAGCUUACCCCAGAUGAAGCCUCUAAGCUCUCUAAAAUGAAGGAGGUUGUGUCGGUGAUUCCUUCACAUGGAAAAUACCGAUCGCAGACGACAAGAUCAUGGGAUUUUGUAGGGUUGAAUGAUCAUUCAUGGAAUAGGGCUCAAAUGGGAGAUGAUUUGUUGUUAAAUGCUCAGUAUGGCAAAAAUCAAAUUAUUGGUGUAGUUGAUAGUGGUGUGUGGCCGGAGUCGGCGAGCUUCUCAGACGUAGGAAUGGAUCCGGUCCCGAAAACAUGGAAAGGAAUCUGCCAAGAAGGGGUUGCUUUUAACAAAUCUCACUGCAAUAGGAAGAUAAUCGGAGCUCGAUACUAUGUUAAGGGUUUUUAUAACGUGUUUGGUGCAGUAAACCCGUCUGAAGAUUACCUCUCACCGCGGGAUGCCGAUGGCCACGGAACACACACGGCCUCCACAGCUACUGGCAGACAAGUUCCGAAUUCGGCUGCGCUCGGUGGGAUUGCAAUUGGUAUUGCCUCUGGAGGUGCUCCUAUGGCCCGUCUUGCCAUAUACAAGGCCUGUUGGGAGAUGCCCGGUAAGCCUAAAUCGGAUGGGAACACAUGCAUGGAUGAAGACGUUCUAGCUGCCAUCGACGACGCUAUAGGUGAUGGUGUUGACAUACUUAGCCUCUCCUUAGGAUUCAAUGAGCAUUCCCCUCUAGACCAAGAUGUCAUUGCCAUCGGAUCGUUGCAUGCCGCGACUAAGAACAUCCUCACUGUAUGUAGUGCUGGAAACGGCGGUCCUUCCCCAGCAUCAUUGGCUAACAUAGCACCCUGGGUGAUAACUGUCGCCGCUAGUGGCAUCGACCGGCAAUUCUCUUCACCCGUUUUGCUCGGAAACGGCAUGAAAAUCCAAGGAUAUAGCAUUUCACCAUACGCAAUGAGUCAGAUGUACCCUUUAGUUUACGCAAGAGACGUAGCUCGCCUUGGUGUACCUCAAUACCUUGCAACGCAAUGCCAACCUGAUACACUUGACUCUUAUAAGGUGAACGGGAAGAUUGUGUUGUGCUUCAUAGGACAGGGACGAAACGUAGAUAAAGGCAUCGAAGUGAGCAAAGCUGGUGGCGUCGGUCUCAUCUUAGCCAAUAACCAAGACAACGGAAAUACAAUAUUUUACGACAGUCAUUUUAUUUCUGCAACCGGUGUGGGUUAUGAUGGUGCGGUUACGAUCCUUCAAUACAUUUACUCUACCGCAUACCCUACCGCAAGGAUCCUUCCGGUCCAAUCAGUGUCGUAUACUCCUGCACCGUUCAUGGCAGGGUACUCCAGUCGUGGUCCGAAUCAUGUUGAUGCACAUAUUCUCAAACCGGAUAUCACCGCUCCUGGACUGCAAAUUUUGGCAGCAUGGAGUGAAGCAUCGUCUCCUACAAAGCUUCCGUACGAUCGCAGAUCGACGAAAUUUAAUUUGUAUUCCGGAACAUCCAUGUCAUGCCCCCAUGUCUCUGGUGUCGCCGCACUUCUUAGAGCCGUACAUCCCAAUUGGAGCAUUUCAGCUAUAAAAUCUGCUCUAAUGACCACAGCUAGCGUAACAGACAACUUAAACAAUCCAAUUCAGGAUUAUACGGGGAAUCCCGCAACUCCAUUUGUUUUCGGUUCGGGUCAUUUCCAGCCUAUUAAAGCAUCCGAUCCGGGUCUCGUCUACGAUAUCUCGUACGAUGACUACCUUCAUUACCUUUGCACCAUUAACCCCGGGCUUUUAAACAAAGUGAACGCCAAAAUCAAUUGCCCAAAUCAGCUAGCUUCACCACUGAACUUGAAUUAUCCAUCGUUUGUGAUACCCAACCUUUACGGUCCGGUCACGGUUACGAGGACGGUCACCAACGUAUUCGACGGCCAAAGCCGAUACGAGUUCUGUUGGAAUUUGCCGCAAGGGGUCAGCAUUCUUGUUUCACCAACUGUUUUGGUUUUCGACCAUGUUGGCCAGUCGUUUUCUUUCACCAUGACAAUAUUUCCUGCAAAUGAUUACUCGGUGAGGAAUCAAUAUGUGUUUGGUUGGUACAUGUGGAGUGAUGGUCGACAUCUCGUAAGGAGUCCUUUUGCUGUUUUUUUACCUUAG